AAUGAUGUUAUGACAAACAUAUAAAUGAUUGCUCGAUAUUAUAUAAUAUAUACAACCGUGCUUACACAGUUAAUCGAUUAAUCUCGCUUCUGGUUGACCUACACGGACUACAAACACUAACCGGAAGUAGUUGACAGUGUUUUUCUGUGCAAAACUAGAGAGAUGAGGCUUCCUCUUCACUCCUUUUGCAUCUUCAGGAGUUUAUUCUGUCAAAGGCAGACGACAAACCCACAGCGGCGAGCCUUGAGCGGUGCAGCGAUGCGUCUGGUGCAGUUUCAUCGCCACGGUGACGUAGGGGACAUCAGGGUGGGAGUGGAGCACGGCGAGGGGCUCGGCGUGGUGGAUCUGAAGGCGUUUGACCCCUCCAUGCCCUCGACAAUGAGAGAGCUGCUGGAGCUGGGAGACGAGGGUCUGGAGCGUGCACAAAGGGCCUUGUCGUCCGGUCAGUGCGUGGUGGAGCGCUCAGACAUCCAGCUGCUGUCUCCUGUGUUGGCCCCGGAGAAGGUGGUGUGCGUGGGUAUGAACUACCGGGACCACUGCCUGGAGCAGAACGCCCCGAUCCCCAAAGAGCCGAUAAUCUUCAGCAAAUUUCCCAACGCCAUCACAGGGCCGUACGAUGACAUCAUCCUGCCCUCAGAGAGCCAGGAGGUGGACUGGGAAGUGGAGUUGGCCUUUGUGAUCGGACGAAGAGGAAAACACAUCAAGGAGGAAGAUGCGCUCUCCUACGUGGCCGGCUUCACUGUGGCCAACGACGUCAGCGCACGUGACUGGCAGAUGAAGCGCAACGGGAAGCAGUGGCUGCUGGGAAAAACGUUCGACAGCUUCUGUCCCCUCGGCCCUGCGUUAGUAACCACAGAUGCCGUGAAAGAUCCUCACAACCUGGAUGUCCGCUGUCUGGUUAAUGGAGACACAGUGCAGAGCAGCAACACUGAUCAGAUGAUCUUCAAGACAGAGGCGCUGGUCGCCUGGGUCUCAAAGUUUGUGACAUUAACUCCAGGAGACGUGUUCCUGACAGGCACUCCUCCAGGUGUGGGUGUGUUCAGAAAGCCACCUGUUUUUCUCAAGAAAGGAGAUGUGGUGGAGUGCCAGAUAGACCAAUUAGGCUCUAUAAUCAACAAAGUGGUCUAAUCCCUGAGACAGCCUGCAGAAAACACCAAGAAUCUAUGAUUGAUUGGGCUGUCAGCUGUUAAAUAAACUGCACUUCUGAUCGACUGCUUCACACAAUUAAUAACUAUUAUCAGAAAGUUUGAUUGAGUUUUGUUUCUAAUAGACUGUGUGGAAACUGUAAACUCAGGAUGAAUGUUUUAUUCAGGGUACUAUAGUAAUUGAAAGGAAGGAAAACAUGGUAUUUUUACUACAUGAAACGGUGUAAUUACAUGACUCAACACGGUGAUUUUGCAGCUCGACCUCGGUUAUUGAGUCAUUGUCAUCACUAGCUGUAAAAAUACCCUCCAUCAGCAGCCACCCACCCCUGCAGUAGAGCAGAAACUGUGAACUUCCUGACAGUUUUUUUUAUAUGUAAAAAAAUAAAACAUGUUUGUAAUUAUGUUUAACAUUCAGGAUGAUAAACUGAUGAGUUUUCCACUAACUUAGAGGAUUCAACCACUUUCUCAUAGAAAGUAAGCAGAUUUCCAGUAAUAGAAAUGAAUUGAAUGAAAAUGUACUUUGCCUGACGAAGCUACUUUGAUUCAUGUACCUGCUUGCUUCAUUUUCUUUUUGCUGAAAUCACUGAAGUUGAUUUUUUUUCACUGACAGCUGCAGAGAAACCCUCAGACUAAAUGGACUCAUUUACAUUUUUCAGUAGUGUGAUUAGGUGACUUGUUCAUAAUCAUGUUUAACCAGUGAGUCACAUAAUAAUCAGUGAAAUAAUUAGAUUUUAAAUUCAGUCAUUUAGCAGAUUAUUUUAUCCAAAGCAGGCAGCAUUUUCCCAACACUUACACUACAUGGGGAGUAAUUUGAAGUUAACUGAGAUUAAAAACUAAGAUUAAAAACUUGCCUAGAAUUAGUGUAAGUGUGGAUUUAAGACCCAAGCUAUUACUGAGGCACCUGUGAAAAGGCUCUAACAGUACACUCACUUCAACACUGGGUGGCAGUAGAGUUUCAUGGUCAAUGGGAGCCGAUCAACUGCACCUUUGAUUUGUGGUCAAGGUGAAAGAAAAAACACAGACGUGCUGACUCUUGACUGUAAAAACAGAUGGUUGUAAACUCCAAAAUAUUAACGCCUGCCAGAAAAAGUUCUACGUCCCGUUCAAAGCGAGACAUCGAUUUGUCUACACCUCGGAGUCAAAAGGUCUACGUCAAACAGACUCUCCUGAGGUCUGAGUCAGCACACAAAAGAUCUACAUUCAGGAGGAGAGCGAGUUAGAGUGAUGAGCUGUUUGGAAGAAAUUAUAUCUAAAGAAAUGAGCACACAAUAUACUACUGUAAAGCGUUUUUGUCUGUGAACCUCUUCAAAUGAUAUGUGUCAAGUAAUGAUGAAGUAAUUUGUUUAUUGUCGGAAUGAACAUUUACACUUUCACUGAUUAACUUGUGAGAAACUAGAACAAAGCAGAGCUCGGCUUAAUGAUCACGUUACGAACAAAACAUCUGCGGCCUUCAUUACAACGUAAACAUGGUCGAAACACGAGGCGCAGUGAGUCCUCACAACUGAUUACAGGGACUUCAUAAUCCUCGUCUCCUGUGGCUUUAUGCUAAUGCUAUUACUAAAGAUAAACUUAAAAAUCAAUGUCUCAUCACCGGAAAAUCAAAAUGCAAUUAACCUAAAGGCACGAGCGUCCCGGCUCAGCAUGCAUCUUUUUUUUUUUUUUUUUAAA